AAUGGUGGGAACACAAUCCCGGUACGCGGGUCUGGAGAAUGUCGGGGUUUGGUGGGUUUGGCUCUUCUUUCCUCCUCUCCCUACCAGUCAUUCAUUUCUCUUUCUCUCUUUGCUCUUUCAUCGCUUACCCCGGCGUCGCAUGAUGUGUAUACGAAGGAGAUAGUCCAGCAGCACACUCACCUGCCAUCUCCCCCCUCCUCCCCUACCCCACCACCCUCGAAAACCUUCACGCGCGCAUGCCAAAAUGACGACAGCCACCCCAAUGCCUCCCAAACACAUCUGGGUCAUCACCGGCCCCGCAGGCUGCGGCAAGACCUCCGUAGCCGAAGCCCUGCACGCCACCUUCAACAUGCCGUAUCUCGAAGGCGACACGUUCCACUCGCCCGCCAACGUGCAGAAAAUGGCAAACGGCGAACCCCUCACCGACGCCGAUAGAUGGGACUGGCUGAUUACGCUGCGCGAAGCGGCCGUGGCUGCCCUGCUCUCCUCCCCCUCCUCCCCCUCUACUACGAACGGCACCAACUCCUCCAGCACGACGGCAAGCGCAAACAACGUCGUGGUAACGUGCUCCGCGCUCAAACGCAAAUACCGCGACGUCCUGCGCAUCGCCGCGUACCCUUACACCCAGCAACAGCAGCACACGCCGCCGAUUCGCGUGCACUUCAUCUUCCUUGGAACGUCGGAGGCUAUCCUCAUGGACCGCGUGCGCGCGCGGCAGAAUCAUUACAUGAAGGACUACAUGGUGCAUAGCCAGGUGGAGAGUUUGGAGGCGCCGAUGGAGGACGAGCGGGAUGUGUUGAGCGUGGAUGCCAGCGGGACGAGUGUGGAAGUCAAGAGGCUGGCGGAGGGGGUUGUGAGGGGGGUGUUGGAGCGAGAGG